AUGGGCACCAGAAUGAUGGAACCAGAGGAGUUCUGGGCCUUCUCGGACUACAUAGGGAACACAACCAAGCAUACCUGCCUCUCCAAUAAGACAAGUUCAGGUGGCAUCUUUCUUGGUUAUUCCCAACUUGGUUACUAUUUCCCUCUUCUCAUACUUCAAAUGUCCCUUGCUUCCUUUACCAUCUUAUUCACCUCUAUUGCUCUCAAGCCUCUUGGCCAACCCCUCAUGGUUGCCCAAAUCUUGGGUGGUUUCCUGCUAGGUCCUUCUUUUUUGGGGCAGAGCAAGAUGAUAGCAAGAGCAUUAUUUCCAUUAGAGAGCUUCUUAUUGUUGGAUGUAGUUUCAGUAAUGGCUAUAAUGUUCUAUUUCUUCUUGAUUGGAGUAUAUAUGGACACAUGGAUAGUAAGAAAGAUUGGAAAGAAAGCUUAUGCAAUAGGAAUUUCAGCUGACUUUGGUUCCACCGUUCUAUCUUCGAUUGGUUUUUAUGUUGUAUUAGACACUAUUGCAGACGAGUCAUUAAGAUUCUCAAUUGGGUUUCUAUCGAGAGCACAAACUCUCUUUACAUUUCCUGUCAUUGCUCGAUAUCUCUUCGAACUCAAUAUCUUAAAUUCAGAAUUUGGUGCUGUUGCAUUGUCUUCAUCAAUUGCGGGUGGUGUAUUAAGCAUUUUAUACCAAUUGUGGCGUAACAAUGAAUUUGUAAUUAGUGUAAAAGCAGUUUUCAAAGCAAUUGGUUUUAUGUUGGGUAUCAUCUUUGUGGUACAACCAGUGGCAUUGUGGAUGAUUAAGAGGAAUAAGGAAGGGAAUACAGCUUCAAUUUGUUCCAUUUUCAUGGCAGUACUAGUGUCUGGAUUGGUGGGUUAUUUCAUUGGAUUUCAUAUAGCAUGGGGUCCUUUUGUUCUUGGACUAGCUAUACCUCCUGGACCACCUUUAGGAGCAGAACUAGUACAAAGGCUUGAAAUCAUUGUUUCAUGGAUUCUUAUGCCAGUCUACUUCCUCAAAAUUGGUUUAGCAAUAAAUCUUUAUAUCUUGCAAUGGGAACAUAUUAAGAAAAUUGGAAUGGUAAUCUUUUUUGGAUGCUUUGGGAAAUCUAGUGCAGCUUUCAUAGCUGGCCUCUCUUGCAAGUUACCUUGGUUGGAUGCUCUCUCCAUUAGCCUCGUCGUCAAUGUCAAAGGUGUUCUUGAGCUCACCAUUGUUAAAGGACUUAGGAGAAACAAGCGAUUAAACUAUGAAACCUUUGUAAUGACAUGCACAUCCAUGUUGAUAGCAACAAUGAUGAUCACAAUCCUACUAAAAGCUAUCUAUAAUCCUUCAAGGAGGUAUCUUGUUUACAAUAGAAGAACUAUUCUGGACACCAGACCCAAAGAUGAACUUAAACUGCUGAUGUGCAUCCACAGAGAAGAAAGUGUUCCAUUCCUUAUCAACAUUAUUGAAGCCUGCAAUCAUAUCCAACAUAGUCCCAUUGCCGCCUACAUUCUCCAUUUGGUAGAUCUUGUUGGUCGUGCAACACCAUUAUUUAUCUCUCACAAUUCAUCUAUAUACAUUUCUUCCAAGCAUCAAGUCUCUAAAAGCAUCGUCAAAGCGUUUGCACACUAUGAGGAGAACAAUAAAGAUACAAUCACUGUAAGUACCUUCACGGCUAUCACUCCAGCUACUGCCAUGCAUGAUGAAGUCUGCAAAUUAGCACUUGAGAGGAGAGCUUCCCUAGUAAUUCUUCCCUUUCAAAUGGGCUCUAGAACUAUGAACCUAAGAAAAGUCCUUGAUAAUGCACCUUGCUCAGUUGCAAUCCUUGUUGAAAGGGGGCAUUGGAGCAGUUCUAGGGCGGCGGCAUACACAUUAGCAAGUUGGUCUUCAUUUCGUGUUGUUGUGUUGUUCUUGGGUGGCCCUGAUGAUAGGGAAGCUUUAGCCCUUGGGGCUAGAAUGUUUGGAAAUCCAAAGGUUUGUCUAUUGGUAAUCAGAAUCCUUUCAAACCAUGUUGAAUUCAAUGACAAAGGGGGAGAAAUGAAUCUUGAUGAUGAUAUGAUUAGUACAGUAAAGUAUAAUAUGUUUGAUAAUGAUCGAUUCAAAUACAUUGAGCAAACAGUGAAGGAUGGAACAGAGACUCUUCGUGUAAUUCAGUUGAUGCAGGAUGAUUAUCAACUCAUUAUUAUAGGGAGGCACCCUGAUAGAGAUUCACCAGCUACGACAGGACUUGCAGAGUGGAAUCAGUAUAAGGAAUUAGGAACGAUUGGGGACUUAUUGGCUUCCCCAGAUUUUAAGAGUGAGGCCAUGAUCUUGGUGGUACAACAACAUGCCACUAAAAAAGAAACUCAUAAUCAAUAGACACUAG